GGAUGGUUGAAGUUGAAGUGAUUGAAUUAUUAUUUUCAACAUGCUACCGGCGGUUAUACAAUAUUUGAACCGUGUAGGAACAAGAGCCUAUUGCGUCCCAGUAGUUAACAUCUUCGACAGAAACGUUAAAAGGUUGCAAAAAGAACGCGCCGCACGGAGGGACGAUGUACAGCUAUACGAUUACAUCAAGGAUGAAGUUGGCUUCCGAUUGUCUGAUAGAAUUUUUGAUGUGCAGCGGCAAUUCAAGAACGCGGUAGAUUUAGGAGCUGGACGAGGAUACGUAACUAAUCACGUUCUAAGUGAAUCAGUAGAGAACCUGACUGUUGUAGAUAUGUGUUCAACGAUGCUGACACAGAUAAAGGGCACACCGGGCUUAAAUUAUAGCACACGGCAAAUGGAUGAAGAAAAAUUUGAUUUUGAGCAGGAAAGUCUUGAUCUGGUGGUUUCUAGCCUGACCCUUCAUUGGAUAAAUGAUUUGCCUGCAUGUUUCAAGGCAAUAAACAGGGCAUUGCGGCCUGAUGGAGUAUUUAUGGGAGCCAUGUUUGGAGGGGAAACGCUAUAUGAGCUAAGGUCGUCGUUCCAUUUGGCUGAGCAAGAAAGGAAAGGAGGCUUUUCCCCACACAUAUCCCCCUUCACCCAGAUUAGAGAUGUUGGCAUGUUGCUUAAUCGGUCGAAUUUUACUAUGUUGACGAUCGAUACUGAUGAGAUCGUAGUUGGUUAUCCUUCCAUGUUCGAAUUGAUGGAGGAUCUGAAAGGAAUGGCUGAGAAUAACGCCGCCUUCAAUAGGCCGUUGCGCUUUAGCAAGGAUGUGCUAAUGGCUGCGGCAGCGAUCUAUCGGGAUAUGUACGGCAAAAACGACGGAGUCACAGCAACCUUCCAGGUCAUCUAUUUCGUCGGGUGGAAACCUUGCCCCAGCCAACCUAAACCGGCUGAACGAGGUUCAGCGGAUGUUUCGUUUAAAGACUUAGCCACCGUCGUCGGGCCGAAGGAUAAGAAACAAUAGGUAAGUAGAUGUGUUUUUAUUUGAUGUAUUAUAUAGAAGAACAAAUUAGAAAAAAAUAAACUUUA